CCGAAGUCUUCCUCGUUAAUCCAAUCAUGAGCCGGCUAGGACUGACCCGAUACGAGGUGAAAGCCUGCAAGGCCUGUCAAUCGUCCAAGAGGAAGUGCACCAAGCAGCAGCCCAAAUGCCGCCGUUGCGACCUUCGAGGCUUGGACUGUCUCUAUGAGCCUUUACCCAAUACCUUUGUCUAUCAAGCUACACAGAACUACGGGGGACAAGCCUCCACGUUGGCAGCCUUUCCAGAGGCACGAUUGUUGCAAUCAGGCCAAGAUGACAGUUGGUCUGAGCUGGUAGACAUAGAAGUGGAGAGUCAUCAAAGCGCUCCGGGUACUAUCUCAUUAGAAGAUUUGAAGGUGGCUUGGUUCCUUGAUCCAGAUUCCUGGAGGACAGUUCCGAUUCAAGAGUCGAAUAGGGCGCAUCUCACUACGGACAUGAUUCGGGGGCUUUUAUACCAAACAAGAGACUGGCUGAGCGAUUGGACAAGAAGCGGAAGUAAUGUGUUUGUGCAUCAUGAACUCUACAGAAACAGUCUCCCCGACUGCAUUAGUGAUGCUUUCACAACAUUGUCUUCAUAUUUGUCAAGGACACCCGAGACCAAUGAGAUGGUGCUCCGGAUCGCAGAGCAGAACGCCGAGAGGUUAUUGGUGUCUGAGGACGGCAGAAGAACAUCUGGAGACACUCUGAGUAGCCUGAGUCGUGUACAAGCACUCCUGGUUUAUUGCACGAUCCGAUUGCUGGACGGUGAUCUGUGCCAACGUCACAAAGCGGAGCAGCAUCUUCAAACCCUACAGGAUUGGACGAAAGAAAUGAUGAAUGAUGCUCUCAAGGCGACUAAUAACGGAGAUAUGAUUAUGAAGAACCAUCUCACGAAUGUAAGCCCUCAAUAUUUCACAUUACCGCUGCUCCUGGGCCAGUUCUCCCCUGAACAACUACUCUGGCAUUCGUGGGUACUGUCAGAGUCUAUUCGAAGGACAUGGUGUGUAUCCAUGGGCCUUCAAUCAGGCUAUGAGCUGCUGAAAACUGAAUCUGGUCCCUGUUACGGGACCUUGCCCAUCACCACGAGAAAGGGGCUUUGGGAAGCGAGGUCGGCGUUCACUUGGACAAAGAUGUGCGCGGAGAGCAACAUAGGCUUUAUGUGCAGGAAUGAUCAUGAGAAGGUCAUGAUGGAUAUGGAACCCGGAGAUAUUGACGACUUUGCGUUAUCACUUUGGCAAACCAUAAUGUACGACAUGGCAAGACAGUGGAUACUCAACGACCAGCAGGGCUUUGAGACCUCGCUCAAGUAUGAGACAAAUGUGUCCAUUCCAUCGCAAGAUGAGCUCGGUCCCAAUGAUGUUCUAGUGAAACUCAAUGCAGCCAGUCUCAACUAUCGAGACCUCGUCAUUGCUGCAUCAGCUCAAUUUGGCCCCAUCACCCCACCUAUGGUCCCUCUCUGUGACGGAGCGGGCUCAGUCGAAGCCACUGGAUGUUCUGUCAAAGACUACAAGCCUGGUGAUCGAGUCGUCACUUUUCCUGCACCAAACGUGGUGGUGGAGAGAGGAAGCGAUGCUGAUGUCAAUAUGUCUGAUGUGCCAACCAUGCUCGGUCUGGGUACCAAAGGAACGCUUCGAACCCAUGGAGUAUUCUCGGAAGGGGCUCUUGUUCAUGCGCCGGAGUCUGUUGACUGGCUUCAAGCUGCUACUCUCCCCGUCACCUACAUUACAGCUUGGAAUGCCCUCUCGGAACUAGGCAAAGACCAAGUUGGACCGCACACCUGGAUCUUGGUUCAGGGAACUGGAGGCGUCAGCGUGGCAAUGCUGCAACUAGCGUCGUCUCUCGGACUCACAGUCGUGGCGACUACUUCAUCUCAAGAGAAGGCAGAGAAGCUGAAAGGGCUUGGUGCAACUCAUGUUGUCAACUAUCGCGAAAAUCCUACUGGCUGGGGCAAAGAAGCGCGAUCUUUGACGCCUAAUGGAGCAGGAUUCGACAUGAUCGUCGACAUCGGCGGUAAUGAGACACUCAAGCAGUCACUCGAAGCAGUGCGCCCUUAUGGGUCUAUCCAAGUCGUUGGUGCUGUUGCGCAAGACACCCAGGUCGUUCCCAUGAUGGGGGCUCUCAUGUUCACGUGCACUAUUCGUGGGUUUCUCAUGGGUAGCCAGAAUCAGUACAAGGAGCUUGUGCGAUACAUUGAUGAGAAGAAGCUCAAACCUGUAUAUGAUAAUGCGGUCUUUGAGCUGGCAGAUGCUAAGGAGGCUUACAGGAAGCUGAAGGAGCAGAAGCACUUCGCUAAGGUCGUGAUCCGCAUCGACCAUGACUAG